AUGCUGGAGCAACACCGCAAGUAUGGUGAUGUCCUGCGACUUGCGCCUAAUGAACUUUCUUUCGCGUCGGUGCAGGCUUACCGUGAUAUCUAUGGACAUGUGACUACCGGAAAGGAAAGGUUCCUAAAGUCAGACGCCUACGACACUGAGGAGCCUCGCAUCUCUUCUGUGAGGGAUCCUGCUGUGCAUGCGGCGCAACGCAAGGCUCUCUCCCAUGCUUUCAGUGCUCGAGCUCUGCGAGACCAGGAAGACGUGGUGCAUCAGUAUGUCAACCUGUUCAUGAAGCAGCUUGGCAAUUUUGGCGCAGGCGGGCUCAAGCCUGUCAAUGUGACCGAAGCAUACAACUGGCUUACUUUUGAUGUUAUCGGUGAUCUCGCUUUCGGGGAGCCUUUUGGCGCUCUGGCGAAUGGCUCGAACCACUGGGUGAACCUGGUUUUAGAUUCAGUGAUAUUUGAGGGACUUGCUGAGAGAUUCAAGAAAAAGCUCUGGCUACAGCCGCUCAUCCGUUUCUUCUUGGGCCCCAAGAAGAUAGAGGAGUGGAAAAGGCAUUACUUGGAACAUCAGACUUUGUCGAAGGAGAAGGCUAGGAAAAGAAUGGAGAUGGGAGACUCCCUGAAGAGGGGAGACUUUUUCGGCCAUCUCAUAAAGAGGAAGGAGAUCAGCGAAGAAUACCUGAUGGGAAACGCACAGGUUCUCCUUAUUGCCGGCUCAGAAACGACGGCCACUUCCCUUGCUGGUACGACGUGGUAUUUGCUCAAGAACCAGGACUGCCUCAAGAGACUGACAGACGAGGUUCGGAGUUCCUUCAAGUCUAUGGAUGAUAUAACGGGUGAUUCUACAGCUAGGUGCGAAUACCUCCACGGGGUCAUCGAAGAAGGCCUCAGAUUAUUUCCACCAGUUGCAGCCGGGCUGCCUCGCGUCAGCCCAGGGGCAUUGAUCGAUGGCCAGUAUGUCCCGGCAGGUUAUAUCGUCUCUUGUGAGAACUACCCACUAGCCAUUGAUCCACGUUACUGGGUAGAACCGGAAAGCUUCCGUCCGGAGAGGUGGAUAGGGAAGGGCUUUGGAGACGACAAGAAAGCCUUUCAACCAUUUUCCAGUGGCCCACGGGCCUGUUUAGGGGUUAAUUUAGCAUAUCUUGAGCUGCGGAUCACCCUCGCGCAGGUCGUGUUUGCUUAUGACCUGGAGCUGGUGUCCCGGGAGAUCGAGGACUGGAAUCAGGCAUGCAUUUCAUUUGGGCUGUGGAAGAAGCCCGCCUUGCUAGUCAAAUUUCAUCCGAGAAAUGUCGCUUAG